AUGCCAGCGUCAGAGGAAGCCUUGCCAGACUUUCCGACGCCAGAGAUAUCAGCCGUGCCGCUGGAGGGCAAGCACGGCGCGAAGAUGCACUACACCUACUACCCGGCGUCGGCAGCACCGAAACUAGGCCACAACAACCCCUUCUCGCAGUCGCUGAUCGUGUUCCUGAACGGCCUUAUGCUCCCGCGGAGCUCGUGGGACCAGAGCAUCAACGCGUUCCUCGAGAAGCGCGUGCAAGCCGGCCUCCCCUAUCCCGCACUGCUCAGCUACGACCGCCUCGGACAAGGCGACUCAGACCGCGACCCCAGCGACCCCGACCCCCGACCCUGCCACGGCCACGACAUCAUGUCCGCGGUCCGCGACCUGCGCCAGUUCACCCUGCAGAUAUGGACGGAGCACCUAGCGCGCGCCAGCCCCUCGCAAGCGCCAUGCCUGGUCUUUGUGUGCAACAGCAUCGGCUGCGCCAUCGCGCGGCUCUUCGCGCAGACCUACCCCGGCACCGUCAUCGGCCUCCUGUUCCUCGACAGCAUCGUGGCCAACUCGGACUACACCGACAUCUGGCCGGACCCGGACGCAGCAGGAUUCGACCCGCACUCGCUCCCCCCCGGCGUAAGCGCAGACGACGUGCGCACCACGCGGGCAAAAUACAAAGCCAUGUUCCACCCCGACGUGGCCAACAUGGAAGGGCUAUCGCGACGGAACCUCGCCGCGCUACUCCCCGACGCCGACGCGCCGGCGCUCGAGGGCUGGGGCGGCUCGGGUCCGUACCUGACCGUCGCGGGGCACGACUGGGAGACGUUUGCGGAGCAAUCCCACCACGGCGCAGCGCACACCCCGCCCGUACUAACAAUGACGUAUCUCAAUCCCGCGUGGCAAGCGUACAACACGUCGCUGACGCGCAUCACGGACGAAGGGCGUGCGAUUGGGCCGCUGAUCGCGCUGAACAGCGGACAUUUUAUUCAGAGCGAUAGUCCUGGGUUUGUGGCUGAGGAGUUGACUUCCCUGCUGGACCGGGCCGGAUGCUAA